UUGUACUGUUGGACUUUGCUGCGGCUAAAGGGGAACUCGGCUGGCUCACACACCCAUACGGCAAAGGGUGGGACCUCAUGCAGAACAUCAUGGAUGACAUGCCCAUCUACAUGUACUCUGUGUGCAACGUGGUGGCUGGCGACCAGGACAACUGGCUCCGCACCAACUGGGUAUAUCGUGGUGAGGCCGAGCGCAUCUUCAUCGAGCUCAAGUUUACCGUGCGUGACUGCAACAGCUUCCCCGGUGGUGCCAGCUCCUGCAAGGAAACCUUCAACCUCUACUACGCUGAGUCGGACGUGGACUAUGGCACCAACUUCCAGAAGCGCCAGUUCACCAAGAUCGACACCAUCGCGCCCGACGAGAUCACGGUCAGCAGCGACUUUGAAGCGCGACACGUGAAGCUGAACGUGGAGGAACGCUCCGUGGGGCCGCUCAGCCGCAAGGGCUUCUACCUGGCCUUCCAGGACAUUGGUGCCUGCGUGGCGCUGCUCUCUGUCCGUGUCUACUACAAGAAGUGUCCCGAGCUGCUGCAGGGCCUGGCCCACUUCCCCGAGACCAUCGCAGGCUCUGAUGCACCCUCCCUGGCCACCGUUGCUGGCACCUGCGUGGACCACGCUGUGGUGCCACCUGGGGGUGAAGAGCCCCGCAUGCACUGUGCGGUAGAUGGCGAGUGGCUGGUGCCCAUCGGUCAGUGCCUGUGUCAGGCGGGCUACGAGAAGGUGGAAGAUGCCUGCCAGGCCUGCUCGCCAGGAUUCUUCAAGUUCAAAGCCUCGGAGAGCCCCUGUCUGGAAUGCCCUGCACACACCCUGCCGUCCUCCGAGGGGGCCACUGCCUGCGAGUGUGAGGAAGGCUACUUCCGGGCCCCCCAGGACCUGUUGUCACUGCCCUGCACUCGUCCCCCCUCCGCCCCGCACUACCUCACGGCAGUGGGCAUGGGCGCCAAAGUGGAGCUGCGCUGGACGCCCCCCCAGGACAACGGAGGCCGAGAUGACAUCACCUACAGCAUCACCUGCGAACAGUGCUGGCCUGAGUCAGGCGAGUGCGGGCCCUGCGAGGCCAGCGUGCGCUACUCCGAGCCACCCUACGGGCUGACCCGCACCAGCGUGACGGUCAGUGACCUGGAGCCGCACAUGAACUACACCUUUGCUGUAGAGGCCCGCAAUGGUGUGUCAGGUCUGGUGACCAGCCGCAGCUUUCGCACUGCUAGCGUCAGCAUCAAUCAGACAGAGCCCCCCAAGGUGAAGCUGGAGGGCCGCAGCACCACAUCGCUGAGCAUCUCCUGGAGCAUCCCUCUGCCACAGCAGAGCCGCGUGUGGAAAUAUGAGGUCACCUACCGCAAGAAGGGGGACUCUAACAGCUACAACGUGCGCCGCACUGAAGGCUUCUCCGUGACCCUGGAUGACCUGGUGCCAGACACCAUCUACCUGGUCCAGGUGCAGGCGCUGACACAGGAGGGCCAGGGUGCUGGCAGCAAGGUGCACGAGUUCCAGACACUGUCCACGGAAGGUUCUGGCAACAUGGCGGUGAUUGGUGGUGUGGCUGUUGGUGUUGUCUUGCUUCUGGUGCUGGCAGGAAUCGGCUUCUUCAUCCACCGCAGGAGGAAGAGUCUGCGGACCCGCCAGUCCUCCGAGGACGUCUACUUCUCCAAGUCAGAACAACUGAAGCCCCUGAAGACGUAUGUGGACCCGCACACAUACGAGGACCCCAACCAGGCUGUGCUCAAGUUCACCACCGAGAUCCAUCCAUCCUGUGUCACACGGCAGAAGGUGAUCGGAGCAGGAGAGUUUGGGGAGGUGUACAAAGGGACACUGAAGGCGUCAGGGAAGAAGGAGGUACCUGUGGCCAUCAAGACACUGAAAGCCGGCUACACAGAGAAGCAGCGGGUGGAUUUCCUAAGCGAGGCCAGCAUCAUGGGCCAGUUCAGCCACCAUAACAUCAUCCGCCUGGAGGGUGUCGUCUCCAAAUACAAGCCUAUGAUGAUCAUCACCGAGUACAUGGAGAACGGUGCCCUGGACAAGUUCCUUCGGGAGAAGGAUGGCGAGUUCAGCGUGCUGCAGCUGGUGGGCAUGCUGCGGGGCAUCGCGGCCGGCAUGAAGUACCUGGCCAACAUGAACUAUGUCCACCGUGACCUGGCUGCUCGCAACAUCCUCGUCAACAGCAAUCUGGUCUGCAAGGUGUCUGACUUCGGCCUUUCCCGCGUGCUGGAGGACGACCCCGAAGCCACCUACACCACCAGUGGCGGCAAGAUCCCCAUCCGCUGGACGGCCCCAGAGGCCAUUUCCUACCGCAAGUUCACCUCUGCCAGCGACGUGUGGAGCUAUGGCAUCGUCAUGUGGGAGGUGAUGACCUACGGCGAGCGCCCCUACUGGGAGCUGUCAAACCAUGAGGUGAUGAAGGCCAUCAAUGACGGCUUCCGGCUCCCCACGCCCAUGGACUGCCCCUCCGCCAUCUACCAGCUCAUGAUGCAGUGCUGGCAGCAGGAGCGCACACGCCGCCCCAAGUUCGCUGACAUUGUCAGCAUCCUGGACAAGCUCAUCCGAGCCCCCGACUCCCUCAAGACCCUGGCCGACUUUGACCCUCGGGUGUCCAUCCGGCUACCCAGCACCAGCGGCUCAGAGGGGGUGCCCUUCCGCACGGUGUCCGAGUGGCUGGAGUCCAUCAAGAUGCAGCAGUACACAGAGCACUUCCUGGCGGCCGGCUACACCGCCAUCGAGAAGGUGGUGCAGAUGACCAACGACGACAUCAAGAGAAUCGGGGUGCGGCUGCCCGGCCACCAGAAACGCAUCGCCUACAGCCUGCUGGGCCUCAAGGACCAGGUGAACAUGGUGGGGAUCCCCAUCUGAGCCCCGACAGGCCUCACGCACCCACUCAGCCAAGAAUACUUGAAGAAACAGAGUGGCCUCUGGCCCACUCCAUGCUGGGCCACCAGGGAACUUAUUUAUUUCUAGUUCUUUACUGAUGCCACCCUGAGACCUCUGUUGGGGGAUCUUAGAUGAUACCUUGGCCUGAGCUGAGAUGAGGCUCAGGGACCCCAGGCUGGGGGCGUGGCCUAUGAACUCUUCACCUACGAAGGACAGACUUUGCGGACACCCCCACAUGCUCAGCAUCCUUCUAGCAGGAGCCUCGCCAAGGCUUUCGGACAUACACACAGGACAUGGCCAAACUAACCUCCCCUUCGCCGUCUGGGGAGGUGGGGCAGUCAGCCCACGGCCAUAGGAACAGGGUACCUCGCAAGAAGAGAACAAACAGCGAACUCAGCUGGACAAGACCCACAGUGGUUCUCCCGUCCCUCCAGUGCCUUCAGCCCCCCAGGCCCCGUCCUCAGCCCCCACGGGCCAAACUCUUGCUUCUCCAGGGCCCUUGCAGGAUGCUUGGUUGUGUUGAGGUUUUUUUAAAUAUAUAUUUUGUACUUUGUGGAGAGAAUGUGUGUGUGGCAGGGGGCCUAGCCAGGGCCGGAGGUGGACGAUGGCCUGUGUUAGACAUUCCCAGGCUGGGGGCCAGCCCCUCGGGUCCCCUACCCCUUUAAAGAAUAUUCAUUACUCUGUCAGUGUUAACGAUUUUGUUUUGUUGUGUAUUUUUUUUCGAACCUUAAUUUAUUAUUAUUUUUUUAUAUUUAUUGUUAGGAAAUGACUUAUUUCUGCUCUGGAAUAAAGUUGCAGAUUGUUCAAACUGA